GACAGAAUUGGAUCCUCACUUGGAGAACCUGAUCACUCGGGCCGAUGGCACCAAGAACUGGACAGAAAAGAUCUUAAGACAAACGGAGGUGCUGUUGCAGCCCAAUCCAAUUGUGCACGUUCCCAUGACGGUCAUGCAGGUCUUAGCAGGCAGGCACUUCUCGGCAUAACACCUGUUGACCACUGAGUCAGUCAGGCUGCAACGUUUUUUAAUGUCAGGUAAGCAUUUGUCUUUGUACCCAACUUAUUUUCAGUUUUAAACAAGCCUGUACCCCUUUUAUUUCCUGGGAAUAACGAAAAAUAAUCAGAAUGUGAAAAUAUCGAUCGCAGUUAUUCAUAUCAAUAGCUUUAGCUUUGCUUAGAUGAGACUCGAGGACAGUGUCAGUUUGUCAGUGAGGCUAAUAAAAAUUUGAAUAACUUUCACAACAAUUCUUAUGGGUCUUGUAACUUAUUAUUAUACUUAUUAUAACUUAUUAUUACUAUGUAACUUAGCCUAACUUCUCAACUGCCGAUAGUUUCAUUAGCACAACGGGACCAUCAGCUGCGUAAAUAAAGAUCAUGUGAUUGAGCCAGAACAUAGAGUAUCUCUAACAAUAAUCAUAGGUUGUUGCACUAACAAUGUUUUCUUUUCAUCCAGGUGUACAUUCAUGUUAAUUUUGAGUGACUGACAGACAUAAACGUGCUUUGGAUCUUGGAACUCAGGAUGGAGGAAUGUGGAAGAGCCAUAAUGUAGCCAGAUGGAACGCUGUGACCGGUCAGGUGUGCAACCACGGCAUAACAACCUGCGACACAGGGCAGAACAAAAUUAUUCCCUCACGGUCACCAGGAUGUCAGAUAUGUGGUCAAGGCCAGUGAUACCGAGGAGGACUGAGUGUUCAUGAUAUAGCCUGGAGCAGGAUGCCGGUUGCAGGACUGAGGUCUCAGGUCGGAGUCAGUUUAUCAAUUGUGCCUGGUAGCACGGUGAGUGGCAUCAUAAAAAUGAAUGUAUUUUGUUUAUUUUUGCAUUUUCCUUUCUGGUGGUCAUAUCAUGAUUUAUUGUGUGAUUUGUGUUGAUGGUUACCAUCGGAGUGGAGCAUGUAAUCUGCUCCAUUCCCCUGUGAUGGGUUCUGAGACUAGUUAAGUGAACCCCAAGCACUAUUGCACCUUAUGUCUUCUGGGAGAUGACGUCUGAAAUGUUGUAAAAAUCCAGUUUGUCUCGGAUCAAUUUGUCUUUACAAUGAAGCCAACUAUCCAUCCAUCCAUUUUCUAUACCACUUUAUCCUCACUAGGGUCGCGGAGGGUGCUGAAGCCUAUCCCAGCUGACUCGAGCGAAGAUGUGUGCCUCCGCAGCUGACACUGAAUCAGUCCUCACUGCUUGUGCAAGUCCUUGCCUGAUACUGCCUGGUGCUCGAAUUGAGGAGUUCAUCUAUGACAAGCUGGACAAGAAGCUUCCUUCCAGAACUACCAAUGCAGAGCUGCUGGGCCAGUACAUGCUGGAAGCUGCCAAUGAAUUUGGUCCAGGAACACCAUACGGCAGUACCCUGAUCACUGUAGCAGAGUACCAGAAGCGACUGGGGGGAGCUGAGCGUGAGUUCCUUCACACCUCAGCUAUCAAUUUCCUCUCUCCUCUUCGCAACUUCCUGGAGGGAGACUGGCGAACUAUAUCAAAAGAGAGGCGCCUUCUUGAGAAUCGCCGACUAGAUCUUGACAUUUGCAAGGCACGUGUGAAAAAAGCCAAGCAGGCAGAAGCCAAAGCAGCGGCUGCACCUGACUUUCAGGAGACAAGGCCUCGAAAUUAUGUUCUCUCUGCCAGUGCAUCAGCGCUGCUGAGCGAGGAAGUGGACAAAGCGGAGCAUGAACUUCGUGUUGCUCAGACAGAGUUCGAUCGACAAGCUGAGGUCACCAGAUUGCUGCUGGAAGGCAUUAGCAGCACACAUCUCAACCACCUGCGUUGUUUGCAGGAUUUUGCAGAGGCUCAGGCCACCUACUAUGCCCAGUGUCAUCACUACAUGCAGGACCUUCAGAGGGAGCUCAACAGAUGUGCUAAUGCUGUUGGCGUACCUCAGUCCUCUGCUGCUGUCUGCCCCAAUCCCGUCUCCUCUGCUUUCCUGUCUGGACCGUCCUCUCCUGGGGCCACCGUCUCCUCUUCGUCUGGUCAAAGAACAACCACACUGACUAUGGAGCAGACGCAGCUGCCGGUCACUGGCACCAGGAAAGCCAAGGUCCUGUAUGACUAUGAUGCCCAUGAUUCCAGUGAACUUUCCCUGUUGGCUGAUGAGUUCAUUACUGUAUACACCGUACCAGGAAUGGACCCUGAUUGGCUUAUUGGAGAACGGGGCAAUGAAAAGGGCAAAGUACCUGUCACCUACCUGGAACUGCUGAGCUAAUGGACUAAGCAACACACACACUUGCAAAAGCAAACCUCUAUCUGCUCUAUCUGCUGUCAUGUAUGCAUUCAGUACACUUUUACUGUUAGCCUCAGUUUGUGCCCCUCAUGUGUCAGCAUAUGUUUAAGUCUCAGAACUACCAUAAUGAUGUUUGUUAUUGAUAAAUAAUCAGCUAUGUUUGGGGAAAAAAGGGAGUCCACAAUGCUCUCUAGGUAGUUAUAUUUCUCAAUAACUCUUCCGAUGAACCAAAAAUUUGUCUGCACUGGGUUCAAAAAAGAUUUUAGGUGAGCUAGAUAUACAGACAGACAGACCCACAGAAAGAGCGAGAGAGAUUUGAUGUUUUAUCCUCAUCUGCACCACAGACCAACUAAAUAAGUAGAACAAAUAAAAGAAACAUGAUCAUACAGUCACAACACAUUCUGUCCAAAAUGUACCACACAAAAUCCAUCUCCAGUUAGUCAGCGGCGUUUUUCACAUUAUAUGCAGUUUAUGAAUAAUUAACAAUAACUAUGAGAACACAUUACUAACAUUGUGACAGAACUAUGAAAUCAAUUAAACCAAUAUACAAGUCAUGCCCCCUCCCUCUCCGGUGAUCUGCCUCAGGUGAUUACGAGCAGCCGCGGAGGAAAGCAGCUGGCCGUAAUCUGUAAUCAGCAGCAAGAUAAAAGCCUGGCGCUGCCAUCAGUCGGUGCUGGAUCAGUACCUGAGGUUCUCCGACAAACGCACACCUCUGGGUCGCUCUUCCCGGCCAUCGGAUCUCCUUGUCUGCACCUUUUUCCUCCCCUCACUCUGGAAUUACUCGUCACCCCUCCUUCGCUCAGUAUACUCUCCGUCUGCCUGGAUUCUGCCUGCUCCUCCGUUUCUGCCUCAGCUCGGCCACCGGCUUCCAUCCGCCCUGUCCUCGUCUCAUCUCCCGUUCUUCCCCCACCGGACUGCUAUGUGAGUCACCUCUCCCCCGUUUAGUUUAGUUUAGCCCCCACCUUGACCAUAGAUCUGUCAGUGUUAGCUCUGUUUAGUUUUCCCCUCCUCCGUUCUGUUUAAUUCUUGUACCUCUCGUGUGGAAUAGUUUGUUAUUAUUAAAACUCCUUAUUAAUUCACCCACCUGCCUGUCUGUUGCCUGCUGCAUGGGUUCGCUGUCUAGAUCCUAACAGAAUGAUCCAGCCAAACCAGAACCCAGCAGGCGCUCCGAUCAGGUCUCAGAGCUCUCACUUGUAGAUUUUCUUUUCCAACAAAGAGAAUAGUGUGCAUUUUUAUGCACUAAGCGAUUUAUGGUGGGAUCGGAAGGAGGACCACAAAGAGGCUACUGUGACCUUGGGUCGCAGGUUAGCGGCCCAGAGGCCCUGGUUGAUUUGCCACCUGCCGGAUGGCAUAUGGGAGUUUUUAAACACUCCCCUGCCGUACCUGACCCUUCCCGUUCCUGCCUCGCACCUCUCCAGCCUGUCUGCGCCUGGACUAGCUGACCCAUUGGUCGUUAGCGCUCCUCCCAGGUGCCAAUCCAUGCCCGUUUCACCACCGGUAAUAGAGCAAUGCACCAAGAAGCCUGGCCGCUGAAGGCACGGCGCCAGGAAGUGCUGUGGCUCCCGGUUCCUGCUCUGGAGGGGUUCUGCACCCCCCCAACUCCCGCUCGGGAGUUGGGGGGGCCCAGUGGAACUCUUUUCGGUUCCUGUGGGGCCCAUCACACCGUCUUCAGUUCCUGUGGGGCCCAUCGCCCUGUCUUCGGUUCCUGUGGGGCCCAUCGCCCUGUCUUCGGUUCCUGUGGGCCCAUCACCCCAUCUUUGGUUCCUGUGGGACCUAUCGCCCCAUCUUUGGUUCCUGUGGGGCCUGCAGUGUUGAAGAGGCUUCCAGCCACUCCUGCAGCUUUGUGGAAGCCAAAGGCUCCUCCUGCAGCUUUGAGGAAGCCAGAGGCUUCUCCUGCAGCUUUGAGGAAGCCAGAGGCUUCUCCUGCAGCUUUAGUGGAGCUAAAAGCUCCCUCCGCAGCUUUAGUGGAGCUAAAAGCUCCCUCUGCAGCCUUAGUGGAGUUAAAAGCUCCCUCUGCAGCCUUGAAAAAGCGAAGAGCUUGUCCUGCAGCUUUGAAGAAGCGAAGAGCUUGUCUGCAGCUUUAAAGAAGCGAAGAGCUUGUCCUGCAGCUUUAAAGAAGCGAAGAGCUUGUCCUGCAGCUUUAAAGAAGCGAAGAGCUUGUCCUGCAGCUUUUAAGAAGCAAAGAGCUUCUCCUGCAGCUUUGAAGAGGCGUCCUGCCUCCUCCGAGUCCCUGAUGAGGCAUAGCGCCUCCUCCGAGUCUUUGAUGAGGCAUAACACCUCCCCCAAGUCCUUGCUGGGGCGCAGUGCCUCCCCUGAACCUUUGAGGAGGCAUGGCGCCACCUUGGCGGCCUUGAGGGGGCAUAGCUCCUCCUCGGCAGCCUUGAGGGGGCGUAGCACCUCCCCCCAAGCCCUGAAAAGACUAGACGCCACCCCAACACCAAGUGGCUCACCUGCAGUGGCUACGCCAAUUGGUUCUCCUGCAAUAGUGGUCCCCUUGCCCCCGUUUUUAGUCUCAGGUCCAGUCCAGUUCCCCGAGAAAUCCCCAGUUCCAUUUUUUCAGUCCACAGUUCAGCUCUCCGAAAGGUUCCCCAUUUUUUGUUUAAUCCAGUUCCCAGGUUCUUUUCUCGAAGUAGACCCAGUCCUGUCCUCAAUCCUACCCCCCGAGGGUUCCUCCGUCCCAAGUCCAGUUCAGUCCCCAGUCCUGGCUUUCGUUCCGCCCCCGGAGGGGCCCCCGGCUCCGGCUCCAGCUCCGCCCCUGGUACCGGCUCCAGCUCUGCCCCCGGUUCCGGCUCCAGCUCCGCCCCCAGAGGGGCCCCCGGCUCCGGCUCCGGCUCCAGCUCCGCCCCCGGAGGGGCCCGCAGCUCCGGCUCCAUCUCGGCCCCAGGAGGGGCCUCCGGCUCCGACUCCAGCUCCAGCUCUGCCUCCGGAGGGGCCCCUGGCUCCGCCCCCGGAGGGGCCUCCGGCUCCGGCUCCAGCACCAGUUCCGCCCCCGGAGGGGUCCCCGGCUUCAGGUCCGCCUCCGGAGGAGCCCUCGGCUCUGACUCUGCCCCUGGAGGGGUCCCGCCGCCGCCUGCACCCAGUCCAGCCACCGGCCCGGCCCCCAGAGGGGUCCCGCCGCCGCCGGUUACUAGUCCAGCUCCUGGAGGAUUCUCUUGGAUCAAUUGCCGAUUUCCAGCCCGGCCUCCGGAGGAUUCCCGUCGGUCCAGCUGCCGGUUCCCAGCCCGGCCUCCAGAGGGUCCCCGUCGGCUCUGCUGCCGGUUCUCAGCCCGGCCUCCAGAAGGUCCCCGUCGGCUCAGCUGCCGGUUCCCAGUCCGGCCUCCUGAGGACCUCCAUCGGUCGGGCCAUCAGCUCCCUGUCCAGCCCCUGGGCCGCCCUCCGGAGUUGUCCCUCCCACCCACCUGACCCCAGCCCGCCCGUCUUCCGGAGCAGUCCCUUCAGCCUGUCCGGCUCCAGCCUGUCCUGCCUCGGCCUGUCGAUCCCUCGGGCCGUCCUCCAGAGCGGUCCCUUCAGCCUGUCCGGCUCCGGCCUGUCCAGCCCUCGGGCCGCCCCCCGGAGCAGUCCCUCCAGUCGGAUCCCUGCCUGUUCCAGAAACGACCCCAUCCGGCCCAGUGUGCGCCAGGAGGCGCACCUCAAGGGGGGGUGGGGGGUGGGGGGGGGGGUGUACUGUCACGCCCCCUCCCUCUCCGGUGAUCUGCCUCAGGUGAUUACGAGCAGCCGCGGAGGAAAGCAGCUGGCCGUAAUCUGUAAUCAACGGCAAGAUAAAAGCCUGGUGCUGCCAUUAGUCGGUGCUGGAUCAGUACCUGAGGUUCUCCGACAAACGCACACCUCUGGGUCGCUCUUCCCGGCCAUCGGAUCUCCUUGUCUGCACCUUUUUCCUCUCAGUAUACUCUCCGUCUGCCUGGAUUCUGCCUGCUCCUCCGUUUCUGCCUCAGCUCGGUCACCGGCUUCCAUCCGCCCUGUCCUCGUCUCAUCUCCCGUUCUUCCCCCACCGGACUGCUAUGUGAGUCACCUCUCCCCCGUUUAGUUUAGUUUAGCCCCCACCUUGACCAUAGAUCUGUCAGUGUUAGCUCUGUUUAGUUUUCCCCUCCUCCGUUCUGUUUAAUUCUUGUACCUCUCGUGUGGAAUGGUUUAUGUUAUUAUUAAAACUCCUUAUUAAUUCACCCGCCUGCCUGUCUGUUGCCUGCUGCAUGGGUUCGUUGUCUAGAUCCUAACAAUACAUGAAAGAUACAAAAAAGAGAUGGAGUUCACAUACCAGGAAUAAAAUGGAGUAUGUUCAAAAUACUCAAACUAAGUAGGAGCUGCUGUAAUAGGCUGCCACUCACAAGGCAUCAGAAGUGACUGAUAUAUAGAAAAAAUCAUCUAGAUUAUCCUAAUAAAGGAUAUUCUAUUAUUUUCUAUGUAUAUAGAACACCACUGUAUCUUUUUAAAUCACAUUGUGGGUUUUUUAAGAAUUACCCCUUUUAUGGGUCACAAAAAUCAUGCUUUUGUGAAUUCAAUGUGAUGGUUGCCUCUGUGACUCAAAUAUAUGCUCAUACACAAUAGGCACAAACUGGGGUUAAUGUCUUGUAUUCUGAUUGAAGGAAAUACUUAUGCAAAACUGCCCAUUAAGAACAUUUCUAUCAUCACUGAUGAGAAACGGGAGAAAUUACAGCAAAUACUUGUAAUAUGACCUGUUAUCACAGGCUUCCUAUUGUAGUAUUUUUUCUUACAGUUAUACUCCCCCUGAGUUUACUGACAGCAUUUUGGCUGCUUUUGUGUGACAGCUGUAACAUGGCUCUUAUCAGUCUUACUUUUACAUAUACAUCAGCAUUCCAAGACCAAGGCCUUGUGUAAUCCAGUGAAAGAUCAUUUCAAUGAAUUAUUACAACAUGGGUCUUAAUUGUGUCUUUUGGGUAUCAGUUAUGAUAACGUUAUACUCCGCAAAGUGACUGCUUAGUUUUAGGAACACACUGACAAGACUACAACAAAGUUGGAUGGAGCCAAAAACACAAUUUAGCAAAAUUAUUCAAACUAGCUUAGAGGUGUUCGAAGUGAAAGAGGCACUGAAGGACUGUGUCAAUCAAUUAACACAGAACUUAUUUGAAUUAAAGCUCCAGGGUUCCAGCAUUCCAGCUGCAAUACAGAUGAUCAUAGCCACGAGACUCUUUGUGUGAAGUAUAGAUGCAAACAAUUAUGAGUAUGAAUGUAUAUUUAACAAUUAAAACCGAGACAAAAUUUAUAAACAUUUUAACUGUGUAGUCUACUGGUAGAUGUACAAAACUUAAAGAAAAACGACUAAAUCUAUAAGCUGACAAAAUGAUUUGCUUUAGACAUACUCCUGGUGGAGUAUGCAGCUUCAUGAAAGAAAGUCUAAACAGAUGGCUCAAAUUUCUUUCGUAGAGGAAUGUGGGUCAGAAUGGCCAGAAAAACAUGUUGGUUUGCAAAUUGCAAAAUCUUACCAGAUGUAGUUGGCCAUCCAGGUACUUUUGGCAUACUUCAUUUGAGAUAUUGUGUAUUGGGGUGUACUGAAUCUUUUUCAGUACGCCCCAAUGUUUGGUAGUGAAAAUACUGAAACAAACCCCAAGUUUUAAUUGAGUUUAAUGCUGACUCAAGCAAAAGAUUCUGGUAGCAAGUGCUUUAAUAGGUGUUAAUUUAUCAAAAAACUAUGAAUCACAUAAUCCAGGUCAAUGAAAGCCUACCUUACUGAGCGCUUGGAAAAAUCAGAAUUAGUGGAACAACAAGCUCAGUGAUAAUGCCAGGAACUGACUGUGAGCUAAGCUAUGUGGUUUAACAAUGAUGAACAGAAGAGAAAGUUGUACCAAGCAGAUGGGUGGACUUGUUUUCUCUUCCAAAGAAGUUUGGUUCACAUGAAUGAUUGUUUACCACCUUGCUCACAGCUGCUGUAAGGUGAAGCUGAGGCAUACAGACUGGGAAGCUCCUAAGUUUCCACUGCAAUGUUUAAAUGCAGAACUUGUUUGAUAAUCUCUGCAGUGUGAACAUGAAAUAGUUACCGCAAAAAAUAUGUAUUCCUAAAAAAGCCACAGGAUUUCACUUUGGUUACAUGAACAUGCAUGACUAUCAAUUUUUUUUCAAGAACAUCUUCAUUGUAAAAUACAUCUCUUCUGCAAGAUUUUGUGACAUAGUCUAGUGCUGUAGCUGGUUUCUGAAAGUGUGUGUGGAAGUGUAUAAUGGAGCUUUGCUUAAAAAAUGAUUUGAAAAAGAAAGUGGUGGUAAUUCUGUGGAUGAAGUCUGGUAGAAAAGUUUCAAUCUCACUCUGAAAGUCCUCCAGAUCUACAUUUUGUUUUCUCAUUUCAAGCAUCCCUGUGACUGUGUUCCAUUGGAAGUACUCAGCUACCACAAACUAAUCGCACGUAGCCUGUCACAAAUAGACACCUCUUAAGCAGUGUUACCACAUUAGCUUUGAAAACGACGCCCAAUCAGAGACUAGAACCCAUUUAGUCCUCAUCAAAAUGGUGCAAUUUUACUUCUACUUUUCAUCUGGUGGACGUUUAUUUUUGGUCCAGUUUAUCUUAUAUAUUCAGAAUUUAAAUAUCAUUCAAUAAUUUAAUAUUAAGUGUUCAUUUAUAUGUACAGAAUUAAACUUGACUAAGAAACAGAAUGUACAAUGCUGCUGUUAAAACGUCCUACUGCUUGCAACACUCCAAAGGCUAAGUGGGGCAUUCCAUAAAAAAAAUCUAUCACUGCCUCCCGCAUCACCCCCUCAGAAUUACAUAUUUUCUGCACAAUAAUUUUAGUAUGUCAAAUAUAUAUGUCAAAAUUUUGCACUUAAUUACAAUUAUUUUUUUCCAGUAUUGUUGAGCCUUCAUUCUACAAUUUGCAAUUUCAUUUAGCAGACAUUUUUAUCCAAAGAGACGCACAUCUGAGAAUAGAUAUAGCACAAGUAAGGAUCUAGUCAGGAGAAAACAACCUGGAUAAGUGCCAUAAAACAUAACUUCACAACUGCAGGAGAUCAAUACAUGAGAUUUUCAGAGCUGAAAAAGACAUUUGAGCUCUGUUAAAAACUGCCACUAAAUCAAUGUGACAUCCCCUCCACUCACUAUCUAAAGCCAAAAUCUCAUUUUUUCUUGGUGCAAUUUUUCUUUAUAACAUCAGCAUCAUGGGAUAUAUCAUAGUUUCAAUAGCAAUACUACAAGACUGUAUUGUUUAUAACACAGUGUGACAGAAACAAGUAUUGGCACCCUUGAUGUGUUUUCUGUUUUCUGAUAAAUCACUGCAGGAAACUUUAAAAAGUGAAUUUAGUGUGAAAUCUCAAGGGUCAUCAUUAUGUGGAACAUGGUGGUUGGUGGAAAAAGUUAUAGCCUAAGAAAGAUCUUUUCCCUACAUUUUGACUCAUUUUGUAGUCAAGAUUCCUUCCCUGUCUCAACAAUUUUCUAAUACAGUUAUAUUUUAGCACCAAACUUUGGCCCACCACUUUUUAAUUUAAGAGCAUUUAAGUGUGAAAGUAAUAAUUGUAUGAAGGGAAGACUCAAUUAAAUAUACUAAUAACAUUAACAUCAAAAAUCUGCCAAUUCUGAGGGACUCAGGGAGGAGCUUUUUUCAAAUUUGGUUUAUUUUAAAUGGAAUGCCCCAUGUGGAUGUAGUAAAUGACAUGAUAUGGUAUGGUAUUUUCAGUGGACAUUGUAUCUUUAGUCUCUUCCUUACAGUUUAAAAUCUCUGAUGACUAGAUGACGAGUUUUCCUUUGUAGAUGGAAAACUCAUCUAUUAGUCCAAAUCACAACCUCUCUUCUAAAUCAACUUUAUUUCCCUCCCAAACAAUGAAAGGCAUCCCAGGGGGGCAGAAAACUUGCCUAUCUAGCAAUACUCCUAUUACCUCAGAGAACAUGUACGGUGGCAAUAGAAACUGCAUUAUCAGACCAAAAGCAUGAGAUAAUGUUGGAGCUCUAAUGUUUCCAUUAGAGUAAAUACCUUGGCAUGCAAUACAUGUGGCAACAGAGAGCCUCAAAUAAAAGGUUACUUAAAUCAAAUAAAUCAUUCAUCAAAAAGUGGAGUGUUGUAUGACUCUAGAUGUCUAUUUGUAACAUACAAAACAUGAUGUAAAGUGCAUAUUUGGAUUGUUUACUCACGAGUGACAGUGCAGUGUGAGUCAUAUCUAUGUGUAAUGUUGUAAUGGGAUCCCCCGUGUGACUUCACAGCCCAACAUGCUAAUAAUAGAACAUUGAGUUUACAGUGGCUUAUGUCAUCUGACAUGACAGCUGACAGGGACAUUCCUGGUUUUCAGGUUAUGUUGAAUGUUUCUGGGACUCCCUAAUCUUUCUAGCUCCACUAUCAGCCCAAAAUACUCCCUCAUACUUUAGAAAAUGUAAUUGUAUGUAUUAGAUGAGUGCACUCAGUAAUAUAAGUAUGGUUUGACCUUGAUACUAAUAAGGCUGUCAUGACAGGAACGUAAUCAAUUAGAUUUUAGUGCUUUUUUUUUUUUAAUUGUUUGUAAAAAAAAGAUUUUACAAACAUGGAUGACAACUGAGUGCACUCCAUCUACUUCUGUAAAUGAUGAGAUGUAGCUGAAAGCUCUAGAAAUAAAGUUUGGGGUAAGAUUAUUUAGUCAAACUGCUGAAUACCUUCUUCACACAACAUUUGUAGCAUGUACAUUGUAGAACCUAGUCUGCUCUGAUUGAACAAAAUACCCCAUUUUGUGUGUGUGUGUGUGUGUGUGUGUGUGCGUGCGUGCGUGCAGAGAUGUAAUUUGUUCCUUGCAUGUUUUCAAUUUUGUUUGUUUUAAAAAUGUUUAUUAUUUUAAAUGCCCAGACUUCUUACUGACAUCACACUUUUGUCAACUUAUGGCCACUGGUUUGAUGUGCAAUAAACAUGCAUGUGUGUUACAAUAA